AUUCGUUCUAUGCGUAUAGUAUAGUGAGCGAAUUGAUGUAUUUUGAUGAAAGCGCGCGCCACGCCACGGGAUUCACGAUUCAGUCGUCCGGCGAACAGUUUAAGUAACGGAUGGACACGUUGAUCGGCGUUCGUUGUGGAGGCGCGGACAGCAGCGAGCGUGUCUGCCUCGAUGAUACUCUCGAUCUUGUCUGCAAAAGCGAACUCGAAUACAUACACAAAUUGAGCAUGUCGAGGAGAAAGGGAUUGAAGGAAAGACAAUACGAUAAUGUGGAUUACACGCAACUCACCGAGACCGAUAAUGGUUUCAUCGAUUCACAAUUUGUAUCGCCUCCGGUAAAAGUACCAUGGAAGGCGAUUAUACUUGCUACUCUGUUGUUUGUCGGGGGAACUGUGAUGCUUGUAAUAGGCAGUUUAAUAGUUAGUGGGCAUAUUGAUACAAAGUAUUCCGACAGAAUGUGGCCAAUAAUAAUCCUGGGGACUUUAAUGUUCAUUCCUGGUGCUUAUCACGUAAGAGUAGCCGUACAAGCGUAUCGGCAGAUACCAGGUUACUCCUUUGACGAUAUUCCAGAGUUCGAUUGAUAUUUAAAAAUGAUGUGUAAACAUAAUAUAUGUUGAACAUCUCAUCGAAAUGUAUCAACCCUGCUUGGAAAUUUUUUAAAAGCGAACAAGUUUAUUUUUAGAAAAAAUGUCAUUGCAUUUGAAAGUUCGUGUUAUUACUGGGCAUAUACUGACUAAUAUAUAACGAGUGUUUCAAACUCGUAUGGAUGUUUUGUAUAUAGUAUUUAGUUCUUUUUUUUACACAUUGUGAUAACAAAGCUUUUUCUUUGAAACAUUUUAAUUUGUGAUAAACGAGCCUUAAUAAAUGCCGUAAUAGUUGAUAAUUUAUUUAGUAUUUUAAUACGUAGAUUUUGAAAUAAUUGAUCACGUAAGUCAUUACUUUAAUGUCACUCAUUGCUAUUAAUGAGAAAUUGUAAAGUGACUUACUAAUGACGUAUUUCACAUAUAUUUAUUGUUGAACGCACAAUUAAACUUCUAUCGUGAAUUGUAUGUUUUCAUAAUUCAAAUUGUAUUAUACACAUACGCGCGUAGUUAUAUAUACAUAUAAGUGUUGCAAAUUUUGUUAUGAUUUUAUGAUAUACGGAUGUUUGCUUUAUUAAGCUGAAUAAACAUAAUUUUUAUGUAUAACAUAUAUUUCAGAUAAUAAAAUAACUUUUCUGAGAUUAUGAAACCAAUGUGU